AAAAGCAAAACACAUUUUAAUUAGUGGCAUUUUGACGUUGCCAAUUUAGACUUACGUUUAAAGCUAUCUGAUAGCCUAAUUGUUGAGUGCCAUCCAUCCAUCCAUUUCCUACCGCUUGUCCCGUUCGGGGUUGCUGGAGCCUAUCUCAGCUGCACAUGGGCGGAAGGCGGGGUACACCCUGGACAAGUCCUCUUUCUUAUCGCACUUUACUUGAGUGCACACAGCCAGGACGCCCCUGUGAUACACCGCAGUGUCGGAGGGGGGAGGAAGGAGGACUGUGACGAGCAGGGGGAGGGGGGGAGGACACCGGCUCCAUCCUCCAUCCUCCAUCCCUGCUUCCUCUCCCUCGGCGUGGAAGCACACGGCGGGCGGGCGGUCACAUGCAGCAACAAAGGGGCUCACUGUCCAUCUAUGACAUCCAAUGAAUACAGGAGUCAUUGAAGGAAGUUUCACCUUUUUUUGGCUUCUGAUUGCAUCUUAAAGGGUGUAAAAGCAUCACAAAGCAUGGAGCUGGAGCACUUUGACAGGCGGGACAAAGCACAGAGGUACGCCCGCAGGGGUUCCAGAGGCAACGGGCUCCCCAGUCCCACUCACAGCGCCCACUGCAGCUUGUACAGAACCAAGACAUUACAAGCGCUGACGUCGGAGAAGAAAGCCAAAAAGGUUCGCUUCUACCGCAACGGGGAUCGCUACUUCCAAGGGAUUGUGUACGCCAUUUCUCAGGAGAGAUUCCGGUCCAUCGACGCACUCCUGGCCGACCUCACGCGAGCGCUGUCUGAUAACGUCAACCUACCCCAAGGGGUUCGGACCAUAUACUCCAUUGAUGGGACGACAAGGAUUAUGAGUAUGGACCAACUGGUGGAAGGUGAAAGCUACGUGUGUGCCUCCUUCGAGCCCUACAAGAAGGUCGACUACACCAAAAAUGUCAACCCCAACUGGUCCGCAGCAGCGAAGACAGCCGCGUCUUCCCGCGACCCUCCUUCUCUUGGCAGCGCCAGAGCCGGAUCUCCGGAGACUCGGGAAAGCAAAGACUUCAUCAAGCCCAAACUGGUCACCAUAGUUCGCAGCGGAGUGAAACCUCGCAAGGCCGUGCGCGUCUUACUCAACAAGAAGACGGCGUAUUCGUUCGAGCAGGUCAUGACCGACAUCACGGACGCCAUUAAGUUGGACAGCGGCACCGUCAAAAGGCUGUUCACUGUUGAUGGCAAGAUGGUAACAUGCCUUCAGGACUUUUUUGGGGAGGACGACAUAUUCUUUGCUUGUGGGCCCGAGAAGUAUCGAUACCAAGACGACUUCAGUUUGGAUGAAAGUGACUGCAGGGUGGCCAAGUCUUCAUCCUACGGUCGACUUCCGUCUGUGCACGGCCGCUGUUCUCCAAGAAGUGGCGGAAUGUCCCGCAGGAGCAAGUCUCCCUCAUCUACUGGCUCUGUUAACGGGACAGCAGGAAGCCAGCUGUCAACCCCUCGGUCUGGAAAAUCCCCCUGUCGCUCUCCGACUAGUCCUGCAAGCCUCAGGAGACAUCAGGGUUCUCAGCACAGCAGUUCGUCCCUCUCUUUAGCCUCCACCAAGGUGUGCAGCUCCAUGGAUGAAGGAGACGGACCCAGCAGUGAAGCUAAGCCCACGGACGAGACCCCCGUCCCUGUCGCCAUAGCAGAGAGGUACAAAGUGGGCCGCACUUUGGGGAGCGGGAACUUUGCUGUGGUGCGGGAGUGUGUUGAGAGAUCCACUGGAAGAGAAUAUGCCCUCAAGAUCAUCAGCAAGGAGAAGUGCAGAGGAAAGGAACACAUGAUCCAGAGCGAGGUGUCCAUUCUCCGACGUGUCAAGCAUCCCAACAUUGUACUGUUAAUUGAAGAAGUGGACACCGGCAAUGAACUUUAUCUCGUCAUGGAGUUGGUUAAGGGUGGCGACCUCUUUGACGCCAUCACCUCCUCCAACAAAUACACGGAGAGGGACGCCAGCUGUAUGCUGUUCAAUCUGGCGAGCGCCAUCAAGUACCUGCACAGUCUCAACAUCGUGCACAGAGACAUCAAACCCGAGAACCUGCUGGUCUACCAGCACCCUGACGGCAGUAAAUCUCUCAAGCUGGGGGACUUUGGCCUGGCCACCGUUGUCAAUGGUUACCUCUACACUGUGUGUGGCACGCCUACCUACGUAGCACCUGAGAUCAUCGCCGAGAAAGGAUAUGGCCUCAAGGUGGACAUUUGGGCUGCCGGUGUCAUCACUUACAUUCUGCUGUGUGGCUUCCCGCCCUUCAGUUGUGGAGAGGACCAGGAGGUUCUGUUGGAACACAUCUUGAGGAGUGAUCUGGAGUUCCCCGCGCCACACUGGGACAACGUGUCGGACUCGGCCAAGGCUCUCAUCAGCGGGAUGCUGCAGGUGGACGUGGACCAAAGACUCUCGGCCGCACAAGCGCUGGAGCACCCCUGGGUCAACUGGUGUGCGGGGUAUUUGCUUGCACAGGAUGAUGGCGUGUCCGAGAACCAGCAGCAGCUCCCUGUGGCCAUGAGGAUCAGGAAGCACUUUAACAUGGGACCGAAGAGCAGCAGUACAACUGCAGGUGUCAUGGUCAUCAGUAAUACUCCGCUUGAUAAGGAGAAGCAGGUUUUCCGGCGACAGCAGCAGCAACACGACACUAAUCUCGCCGCCCACUUCCCGCACGGCGCCAGCUCCUCCUCCUCCUCAUCGCGUGGUGCUAACGCCGUCCUGUCGCCCGCCGACUUCACAUCCGAGUCCGAAGACUAUUCCCCAGGUUCGGCGGACACGGUGCGCUCCCCCAUCUCUCCUUUUUAAGUGCAUGCAGGAAGCCAUCCAGCCGCUGGACACGGUGAGCGACAUCCUUGGGACAGUUUUCACCCUUAAACCACCUGACCUUUGACUGUAUGGGAGAAGAACUGCUCCAAUUUAGUGUUCUGCCGCCCUCUUGUGGUCAAUAUUGUAUAUUACAGGAAGCUGUUUUACAUGCGGCGUCAUGGCACUCGACUUCAGCAACUGUUACUUUAGUGCUGCAACAGGAGGUGGUGGUGAAUAUGCUGCUAUAACAUAUACAAUUUAAAAACAGUAAUAUUAUUAACUAGUGAUGGUCCAGUUAGUUACAUAUUAGCGUCACUUGGUAAAGAGACUGCACUUUUUUUGGAAGGUUGCCUAUCAUUCAAAACCUUAUAAGACAUGAACGCAUGUCUUUUUGAAAAUUCCUUUAACUCGUAAAUAUACGCUAACAAUUGAGCUAACUGGAGUCAUGACGUUGUGCGUUGUGUGCCCAUUAAGCCCACUAUAAAAACAUCUAAAAUGCAACAAUAAUACUCCUACAUUUCGUUACCUGAAUAUUAACCAGUAUAGGAUAGGAUAGACUUUUAUUAAUCCUAUAAUAGGGAAAUUACAUUGUUGCAGUAACAUAAUUCAAACAAAUAUUAGUGAUAAAUACUACAUAUUGCGCACCAAUAUGUAUACCGUAUUUUUUGGAGUAUAAGGCGCACCGGCCGAAAAUGCACAAUAAAGAAGGAAAAAAACAUAUAAGUCGCACUGGAGUAUAAGGCGCAUUUUUGGGGGAAAUUUAUUUGAUGAAACCCAACACCAAGAAUAGACAUUUGAAAGGCAAUUUAAAAUACAUAAAGAAUAGUGAACAACAGGCUGAAUAAGUGUACGUUAUAUGACGCAUAAAUAACCAACUGAGAACGUGCCUGGUAUGUUAACGUAACAUAUUAUGGUAAGAGUCAUUCAAAUAAGUAUAACAUAUAGAACAUGCUAUACGUUUACCAAACAAUCUGUCACUCCUAAUCGCUAAAUCCCAUGAAAUCUUAUACGUCUAGUCUCUUACGUGAAUGAGCUAAAUAAUAUUGUUUGAUAUUUUAUGGUAAUGUGUUAAUAAUUUCACACAUAAGUCGCUCCUGAGUAUAAGUCGCACCCCCGGCCAAACUAUGAAAAAAACUGUGACUUAUAGUCCGAAAAAUACGGUAGAUAAAAGGUCAAAUGAAUCAAAAAAACACUAACGUCCGUUUUGCACAUCAAGACAAAAAAUCACAGUAAUCACAUAAGUGUAUUAGCCAUAUUGUUGUUAUAAGUGCUAAUGUUAAGGACCUACUUUUAGAUCUUUGAUCACAUUUGGCAUGUGUUUAUUGGAUCAAUGGUAAUUGUAUAUGUCAAAAAAACUCAAAACAAAUGUUAAAAAAGAGGCAUCUAUCUUAUGCUACUAUUUUGACAUCAUGAACUAGUGAGCUGCUUUCUCGCCUCUGAGUUGGUGAAAGUUAGUUCUAGAUGAGAAAUCAUGCCUCUCACCUGGAUAGUUGAAGGUUGUGCCUAUAAACCGAGAAGUUGGCGAGAAGGACACGAAAAGACGCUCGUUAGCACCCACCUUUUAUUUUAACCUUUUGCGAGGAUUAUGAUUAAUUCUUCAUCUAAACAGGAAGAUAUAAACAUUGCAUCAGUCGGCAUCACAGUGAGAGCAGACAUUGUACAGUAAGUGAUUGUUUUAUGUUUGUUGUCUCUCAUGAGUUGUAGUCAGUGUUGUUGUCGAAGGAAAAAGCGAACGUUGUGCUGUGUCUGUGAAAUUAAUAUGCGGCCGUAUGCUCAAAUGUGAGCAAAACAGGUGAAUAUUACAUGUUGUUAUGAAUGAGCUUGUUACUACGUUACAUAUUUAUUUAGUGUGUAUAUAAAUCGUUAAGAGGUUUUUGGAUGUUUUUUAGAGCGACUCCCAAUGACUCCAUUGUUGGCUGAAUUUUGCUAACGUUUGUUUACGAGUUUGAAUACAUAAAAAAAGAAAAACAAAGGCAAAUUUAAAAAAAAAGUGCAGUACCUCUUGAAGAGCACAUGGAUUGAAGUGCAAUUACUGCACCAAAAAGAGCACAGUGUUGAAUGCAAACUUUUGUAUACUGGCGGUGAUAAAUGUCAAUAAGAAAGUUACAUAACAAAAGUAGCACGGUGCUUCCAUGAAAGAAAAAAAUAAGGAAUGUUUGUCAGGUGAACAUGAGUAAAUGUGAGGACUGUCAUCUGCACGUGUGCCGAUAUGCAUCUCUAAAGUGAUUAUUCCUUCUCGAAAUGUUCAUUAUUGUCUGCAGCUGUUGUUUGUAUUGUAUCAUACUGUACAUGCUGAAGGAAAUGUCAAAACAUCACUUUGUUCUUAAAAGGGCUGACCGGAAGAGGUUCAAACAAACAGCGCAGAAAUGAAUGUGAAAGUCUCCUCUCAUAGAGAAUGUCCAUGUCAUGUCCAAAAAAAUUCUAUAAAAUAUCUGCAUCACCAAGUUUAGACACAAGAUGGCAGUAUAAGCACUUGUACUUUUCAGUUGACAUCAGCUAGUUUCAGUACACAUUUUGUUCCUCAAAUACAUUUUUAUUACAAUUUCAAAUUUAAAAGGCAAAGUAUAUUUAAAUAAUUUUACAUAAUGGCAUAAAUUAUUUCACAACAAAUGAUGCUUGAACAGCUACAGUACAGUAAAAUAUAUUUAAAAUGAAUAUAACUCAAACAAGUGAAUGCACUGCUUUAUAUGAACAAAUUAAUAUAAUUUAUAUAUAUAUAUAUAUAUAUAUAUAUAUAUAUAUAUAUAUAUAUAUA